AGCUCAGUGAGCUGAUCACAGAGAAAGCAUUCCGCCAGCCCAGCUCCUACAAAUCGCAAUCAUUUCCUAGCCUCCCCUUUUAACAUAUUUGAUCACUUUGAUUCUGUACUCUAUUUCUUAUUAUUUUUACGCGCAUGAAGGAGGUUCUGUAGGUUGUGAUCUUUUAUUGUUAUUAUUACUAUUAUUAUUAUUACCAGUGCGCUUCUCUUGCUUGCCGGAGAGUUGACUUCAUAUCUGACUACAGCACUGGCUUCAGCUGCGUGCGGCUGCUAGUGCAAGCUAGCUACCUCAAUAAGAAGAAAAGGAAGAAGCAGCAAUAUUAUUUUUUACAGUUGAUGGUUUCCUUCAGGACUUUUUGUGGAAUUUGGGAUCGCUCGUUGCUGGUACCUUUUCAGCGUUUCCCUUAUUAUUCAUGUUAUGUUUUGUUUCUUUUUUGUGCAUCUGGUUCAUCGCUCAACGUGAACGGUUUCGUCCACUGUGAUCCAGCCGUGAUAUCUUAUUAUAAUUUUAUUAUUUUCUUUAUGUUUUUCGUGUUUGGUAUCUGAAUGGCUGACUGCAAGCGCCCCUGGGCUUGGCCUCUUAGCGCACGGCUGCGAUUCGGCUCAUUAUCGCAUCAGAUUUAAAACGUGUACUUAGGCUACUUUUAUUUCGUAAGGCAGAGAUACUGGUGUUUUCAGUUAUUUUGCGCAAGUUUCAACCGACAAUCUAGCGACAGUUCACCGAUUUUUUUAUCUUCGCUUUUCUUGCCAACGGCUACUCUGUUCUUUCCGAAUAACAAUCAAGGCACCACGAAUCCAAAAACGGGAGACAAAAAGUUUCUUAACGUUGACUGAUAGAUAUGGCAAUGGUAGUGUGGAGAGGUUCCCAGGACGAUGUGGCCGAAACCCAGGGCGCCCUCUCUUCGCAAGCCCCGCAAGUAGGACCUUUAUCCCUCCCUACUCCUCAACCAGGCCAGCUGAACCUUGCAGGCUCGCAGGUCGCGCCGCCGACCCCUCAGACGCCGGUCCAAGGCGGACCCCCGAGCAAUACCGCACAGUCGACGCCGACGAACCAGACGAGCCAGGUGGAAAAACAACAGCCCCAGCACAUCGAAUGUGUGGUUUGUGGGGACAAAUCGAGUGGUAAACAUUAUGGCCAGUUCACAUGCGAAGGGUGCAAAAGCUUCUUCAAACGGAGCGUACGGAGAAACCUCACCUACACAUGUCGUGCCAACAGGAACUGUCCUAUCGACCAGCACCACCGCAAUCAGUGUCAGUACUGUCGCCUGAAAAAAUGCCUCAAAGUCGGCAUGCGACGGGAAGUCUCUCUUUUUACUGCAGCUGUUCAAAGAGGACGGAUGCCACCGACGCAGCCACACCACGGUCAGUUCGCCUUGACAAACGGGGACCCUCUGCACUGCCAUUCCUACCUAUCCGGAUAUAUCUCUCUUCUUCUGCGAGCGGAGCCCUACCCGACGUCCCGAUAUGGCAGUCAAUGUAUGCAGCCAAACAACAUCAUGGGCAUCGAGAACAUUUGCGAACUGGCUGCCCGGAUGCUCUUUAGCGCCGUGGAGUGGGCUAGGAAUAUUCCCUUCUUUCCCGACCUGCAAAUUACGGACCAGGUGGCCCUUCUGAGGCUGACCUGGAGCGAGCUGUUUGUGCUCAACGCUGCUCAGUGCUCCAUGCCGCUGCAUGUGGCUCCACUCUUGGCGGCGGCGGGCCUACACGCCUCCCCCAUGUCCGCGGAUCGAGUUGUCGCCUUCAUGGACCACAUAAGGAUCUUCCAGGAACAAGUGGAAAAGCUGAAAGCUUUGCACGUGGACUCCGCCGAAUACAGCUGCUUAAAAGCUAUUGUGCUUUUCACCUCAGAUGCUUGUGGUCUCUCAGAUGUGGCCCAUGUCGAAAGUUUGCAGGAGAAGUCUCAGUGUGCGCUCGAGGAGUAUGUCCGGAGCCAGUACCCCAACCAGCCAACUCGAUUUGGGAAGCUUUUACUGCGCCUGCCCUCCCUCCGCACAGUCUCGUCUUCAGUCAUAGAGCAAUUAUUUUUCGUCCGUUUGGUAGGUAAAACCCCUAUUGAAACCCUCAUCAGAGACAUGUUGCUUUCCGGAAGCAGUUUCAACUGGCCUUACAUGUCAAUCCAAUAAGCACGAGGAGGGGACGAGGAGACCGAGGCUACAAUAGUUAGAAUAGCGCUUUUCUUAGAAGGGAAAAGACUGUUACACGAAGUUUACGUAUUGGAAGAAAGACGUUUUCAAAAGUGACUGUGAAUUUUAAAAAAUAGACAUUCAGUGAACUUUCGCAAUCCACGUAAAAAGCUCCCGUAUCAUUCUGGACAACUUGCUACUUAUCAUUUUUGUUAAUAAAAGAAAAAAAAGAUUUUUGGUAAACAUUCGAGGCAAAUUAAACAAUACAGUGCAUUUAAAAAAGGCUAAUUUGGAGAAAUAUAGGAAAAAAAGUUUUAUUUUCCAAAUGAUAUUGUCCUGUGUCCAUGUAUGUAUAGCUGUUUUGUAUUUUUUUCUCUCUUUUCUGGUUCGAAACCGGCUAAUGUGAUUAUGUAGUAUGCAGUAUUUAAUAUAACCAUGAAUUCUUAUGAAACAGUAAAAUAAUGUAAAAAUAUGUUCUUCAAGAAUUAAAACUAAAUCCAAAAACAGUAUAGAGAAACGAUAUACAACGCUUAAUGCUGCGUAACUAACUAAUGGUGACCCAUAAUUUUCUGAUGAAGGCAAAAUUAGGGGAGCUCUAAAUGACCGUUUGUGACCCAAAAAAAUGAAACAGGCUACUGCGACAGUAGAUAUGACAAUAUGUAUAAUUAUAAAAGAUUCCUCGUCAAUUUCGCUUUUUCGGGCAUUGGGUCUAAGAGACUCGAGACCCUUCCACUACAAACUUUUCAGGUGACAACCGUGCAGACUGAUCGUUGUUCAUUUCUAAUUCUGUUCUUGCAAUGCGUUUGUAGCGUAGGCUACGAUCAGUAUGUAGCCUUUGAAAACUUUGAGAUAAUGUUGGCACUUACAGUUAACUGUCGUCGAGUAGUCCAGCUGAACUAUUUUUAUUUUAUUUUAUUUUAUUUUAUUGUCAAGGACUGAUGUUUUAGAUGUUUUAGUUUCAAAUAUUUUAUCAAGGAUGAUAUCCAACGGUUAGCAUGAAUUUCAUGAAAACAGGACUGAAGUAAGUGAGAAGGAUAAUGUGAAUUGCAAUAAGAAAUGAUUACGCUUUAGUAGAGUGAUAUAGUGCGGGUUUUAUUUAGUUAUUUGUUAUACUCGCCUACACCCUUGGAUCCAACACCCAUCAUCAAUUAUAUAUAUAUAAUUUUGCAUCUCUAAAAAACGCGUUGACGUCAAGGGUCACUUUACUUUUUCAUUUUUAAAGCUAAAACAUUUUUAGUAACAGUAUUACGUCCCCUGAAAUGUCAAAGUGUAUUACGUAGAGUAAUGCCCAGUACAUGUCGAGCAUUAAGUGCCUGUGAAGCGGGAAAUUAUCAAUUUGUAAUAAAAAUGUCAAAAAAGAAAAAAAAAAAAAAACCUUGGGAACACUGUUAGGUUUGAAACGUCAGUUUUAUGAUUAUGUGUGUCACAUUUAAAAUGACAGCAAUUAGAAACAGUAUUGUUGUAAAUAUAGGUCAAUUCUUUUCAAUGAGUUUUAUUUUUUAUUUUCUACAGAGUACAUGUGAUUAAGGAAAUCUGUGGUUGCCAUUUUUUCGGUAAUUCAAAAUGUCUUCAAACUGAGUGACAGACUUAGCUAGUAGCACUGAAAGUUGUUUUUAAUGUAUAUACAUAUUACAAAAAUGUUUUGUUUGUUUUUUUCCCUAUGUAUUUAGACUGUGAAUGCAUGGCCACAGGUCGCUAACCUAUUUUACAUUUGGUAUAUAUAUAAAUGUUUUUUUUGACUGUAUAGAUAUAAUCUGUGCAUUCAGUACAAUAGCCCUUGUAUUUAAAAAGAAACAAAGCGUUAAAUAAGGAGACGUAACAGGGUGAGGUGGUGUGGAAAGGGGUAGCUUUUUUAGUGUUUCGCUCCUUUUCGGUCAGUGACAGGCGCCUUGUGUGCGUGAAAGCUUGCAAUUUUGGCCUUGAUUUGGGGCUUCUCUUCAACACUUAAGACUCCAUGUUGUGAUUGGAUAAAAAGGGAUCAUUAUAUAGCUGAUUGAACCGUGAUCUUUGGCUGUUUCUAAGCCACUUAUGGACCAGAGAAUGAUACAUGAUUGUAAUUAUGAACAGUUUAAACAACUGACCCACGUUUUUAUAUAUAAAUAUAUAAAAAUAUAUUACUGCAGGGUAUUGAUAACGUAUAGAUACUUUUUUAUUGUUAUUAUCAUUAUUAUUAUUAUUAUUAUUAAUUGCAAGUGAUAUACGUGAGUGUGUGUGGAAGUUUAUAGUUGAAAACAAUUCUUGUUUGUUUGUGUUAGCUUAUUGUAAACAAGCAUUCUGCUGUAAAUUUGUUCUUGGUAUUAAAUUAUAAUUUAUGAAUUUGAAA